CCCAACCUAGUCCUACUUUUUAUUACACUCUCACUAAAAAUAAGCGAUUACGGAUAUUUGGACACGUUAUUAACAUAACAAAACUAUUUACCCACCUUACUACAUUCAUCAUAUACUCAAUAUGCCCUGCUAAUGUGACAAGAACAUGACUGCUGCCAAAAAGGCAGCUGAGACGCUAUAUAUUGCCCGUCAACGGGCAACCUGCCAACGGGCAGGCAAGACGGCAAUCAAUAUACCCUCUAUACGCCAGGCUGCCCGGGAUUACGGCGUAUCUCAUACGGCGAUUCAGAAGCACCUCCGGGCCCUUCAGGAAGGCCAUGACCUCCGCGUAAGCCCGGAUGAGCCCGGCCGGCCCCGGUCGUUUACGGAGGCCGAAGAUGUAGCUCUCGGAGUGGCAAUGUGAAUUUGCAGUUAUCGUACAAAAAGGGAAAAAGAUACUGUUGUAAAGC